GGCUGCGUUGCCAGUGGAUCAUAUGAGUUACCGCAGCUUUUAAUCUAAAUUCAGUAGAUAAAUUAGUUGAAGCUACCUCCGUCUACCUCAUAGAUACUAUUAGCUUUUAACGGACACCCAUUUAGAACGUUUUCAAUUGUUGGUGACGGGCAUGGUAGAUUUUGGUGAUGGAUGAUGCUUUAAGAUUGCUUGACUCGCAUCUGUCUCUGUACAGCUAUAUAUGCGGCUAUUCACCGACUCAGGCUGAUCUUCAAAUUUUCGAACGUGUAUCCUCACUCCCACAUAAUUUAGAACAUGUAACUCGUUGGUACAAUCACAUUAAAAGCUACACUUCAGCGGAAAGGAAACUUUUUCCAAGUAAAGACUGGUGUGACGUAAGCUUGCCUUACAUUGGACAUCUUCAACAGAUCCAGUUGUUGGAGAAACAGAAUAACAAAAUGGCUGGUAAUGAAACUCUGACAUGGGAGAAUAAACGUGAUCUCAUAGUGAGAAAUACCCAAGAGAUCCUGGGUGAAGACAAAUUAAUAGCAGUACUUAAGGAGCGAGACUGCCGUAUUUACUGGGGAACUGCAACAACAGGCAAGCCACAUGUUGCAUACUUUGUGCCCAUGUCUAAAAUUGCAGACUUCUUGAAAGCUGGUUGUGAGGUAACAAUUCUUUUUGCGGAUUUGCAUGCAUAUCUUGAUAAUAUGAAAGCACCAUGGGAGCUUCUCUCUCUCAGAGCCCAAUAUUAUGAACAUGUUAUCAAAGCAAUGCUGAGUUCUAUAGGAGUACCACUGGAUAAGCUAAAAUUUAUCAAGGGCACUGACUACCAGCUGUCAAGGGAAUACACCCUUGAUGUAUACAGAUUAAGUUCAGUCAUCACUGAACAUGAUGCAAAAAAGGCUGGAGCUGAAGUUGUAAAACAAGUCGACCAUCCUCUUUUGUCAGGUCUUUUGUAUCCAGGACUUCAAGCACUAGAUGAAGAAUAUCUGCAUGUUGAUGCGCAAUUUGGUGGUGUGGAUCAGCGUAAAAUUUUUACAUUUGCUGAAAAGUACUUGCCCCAGUUGGGAUAUUCUAAGAGAAUCCACAUAAUGAAUCCUAUGGUUCCAGGGCUUGCUGGAGGUAAGAUGUCCUCAUCUGAAGAAGACAGUAAGAUUGAUCUUUUGGAUUCACCAGCAGCGGUGAAGAAGAAACUGAAAAAAGCAUUUUGUGAGCCUGGAAAUGUCCAAGACAAUGGGGUUCUUGCAUUUGCUAAACAUGUCCUCUUUCCAUUGUUCAAGGAAGGUGAAGGAUUUACAGUGCAGCGUGCUGCCGAACAUGGAGGAAAUGUCACUUAUUCAACUUAUGAUUCCCUGGAGGAGGCCUUUCGAAAAGAGGAGGUGCAUCCAGGAGACCUAAAAGCAGGUGUUGAAAUAUACAUGAAUAGGCUUUUAGACCCAAUUAGAAAGAAAUUUGAGGAAAAAGAGUUGAAGCUCUUAGUGGAGAAGGCUUAUCCUCCUCCGGGAAAACAGAAGUCUCCUGUUGAUGAUGUAUCACCACAGCGCCUUGAUAUCCGUGUUGGAAAAAUAGUUGAAGUUGAGAAGCACCCUGAUGCUGAUGCCCUUUAUGUUGAAAAAAUAGAUGUUGGUGAAAGUUCUCCUCGUGUAAUAGUAAGUGGGCUAGUAAAUUUUGUUCCAAUAGAAGAGAUGCGAGAACGUAUGGUGGUUGUUCUAUGCAACCUAAAACCUGCAAAGAUGCGUGGUGUUGAAUCUUGUGGCAUGGUACUAUGUGCCUCCUUUGAGGAUCCAAAAUGUGUAGAACCUCUUAUACCACCAAAUGGAUCAGUUCCAGGAGAAAGAAUUUUCAUUGAAGGAUAUGAAUCUGGAACACCUGAUGACGUUCUGAAUCCUAAGAAGAAAGUGUGGGAAAAGUUACAGGUUGACUUGAAGACUAAUGUAGAAUGUGAGGCAGAGUGGCAAGGAAAUGCUCUUUGCACAAAAAAUGGAAAAGUCAAAUCGAAAACCUUGAAGAAUGCGCCUGUUAAAUGAUGAUGAUCUAAAUAUUAAGGAAUGUGUGCUUUCACCUGUGUUCUCAUUAUUAAAUGAUGCCACUGUUUGGAUUGAGAUAAAGACCUGUCAUGUGCUUUACAUUACAUUCAUCAUAUUUUUAUUGAAGCAUAAUUUAUUUAUGUAUUAAAAGAUUUUAGGAUUUUCUUA